AGAAUGACGGUGGUGGGGGAGCAACUCCUGAGGAGAGAGGAGGAGACAUCGCGGCGCCAGUUUCGAAGCGGAAAGGGGGCGGACGGCGACGAUGAGUUCACGAUGACUUACUCCGCUUUCCGAGAAUUGAUUUUGUCGUCUGCUGUGCGUGGUCUGCAGCGGCGCAGGUAUUGAGAAAGCACCCAAGUCAGGACACGACCAGGACGACCAGGAUUAGCACGAAUUCCCUGCAACCAGAAUCCAACGCGGGGAUCACGGCAUUGCAAUUCCACCCACAUCGAGAUGUUUCGACAACAGCGCGGUGUUGAUGGUUGCUGAGCGAGGAGUAGCGAGCGAGAGAGAGAGAGAGAGAAGCACCAUGGCCUCCACUGCGACCAGCGUUUCUAGUGCAGUAGCUGCGCCCUGCAUCGUUCCGCUGCGCGUCACCGAGCUUACGCCUGAAUCCUUCGCCUCCUUCGGGCAAGUCAUCGACCCUCAGCCUGAUGGCAGCAGGUUUGGACCCCUCGACGCGCAGCUGGACCUCAGCCGCGGCAUUCCCCGGUUUUAUAUAAUGCGACUGCAAAAUAGGACAUUGAACUUUGGCUCAAUCACGCAUCACGCGAAGACGACCCAAUGCUUAGGGUCUGCACUGGGGCGACCCUGGUACCUGGGGGUAGCUCCGCCUACCAUAAUUGGAGCCAACGAAACUAUUGACCCCAAGAAAAGUUCACAGGUUUUGAAAGGUGAUGGUUACGAAUAUUUGCCACCCUCUGUUGAGGAUGUCCGAGUAUUUAGAGUUGAGGGCCCGCGCUUUUUAAAGUUGCAUGCGGGCACAUGGCACGCUGGUCCUCUCUUCGAAGAUCCAAGCAUGGAUUUUUACAACCUUGAACUGAGCAAUACGAAUGAAGUUGACCACUCGACUUAUCAUUUCAAGAAAAAUGAUGGUAUCGUUUUUGCAGUAGACAAUUCCUGUUUUGUUGCACUAUAGGUCCGUGAGCUGGUUUUCGUUACAUAUACACUUCAUAUUAUUUUCACAGACACUUUUAAAGUGAUUUGUAGGCUUUGUCUACGGUAGGUUUAAUCCAAAUUUUUACCUAUGGUUGACCAGCUUUGUUUGUGCAUGUGAACAUCGCACAAAUUGAUUAGAGUCACACCAGCUCAACGUAGCAACAGUGGGAAACCAAGAUGGCAAGUAUAGACAAGUACCUAGUGAGUUUAUAUCUAAAACGACCAGACUGCUUAGGGGUCUGAGUUUGUACUGUAUCUUUGUGCAUUGUUCUGAAUAAGUAUGUGGAACAUCUGAAAUAGUAAAUUCCUCUUUGUCUUUGUUUCUCUUUCUUGCACUGUGGUCAAGGAGGUGCAAAACGAGAAAAUUAAGAAUGUAGGAAAGGUUAAAAAGCA